GGCCUCGUUCUCAGCCGGCGGAGACGCUGCCGCCGCCGCCGCCGCCGCUGCCGCCGCCACACCUAGUGGAGGAGCCCGGGAAGGCGGCUCGGUGGGGGCUGGGGACCGAAGGGCGGCGGGCGAAAGGAAGGAGGCUGCGGGGGAAGGGCCCCCUAGGCGUCCGCCGCUGCUCGCUCUGUCACCCGUGCGAAAUUGGGGAGCAAGGGCCAUGGGCGCGCUCCCCUGAGGCGGAGGUCGCGGGCGGGAGGGGAGGAGGCCCCAGAGAGGUUGCGGCGGCCGCGGGCCGGUGACUGGGCGCGAGGAGGCCGGCGGCGGCACCGCUACCACCAGCUUCACCAUGUCGCGCUCCGUGCUGCAGCCCAGUCAGCAGAAGCUGGCGGAGAAGCUCACCAUCCUCAACGAUCGGGGCGUCGGCAUGCUCACCCGCCUCUACAACAUCAAGAAGCAAGGACAAGUUUGGAAGGCUUGUGGAGACCCCAAGGCAAAACCAUCCUACCUUAUUGACAAAAAUCUGGAAUCUGCUGUGAAAUUCAUAGUCAGAAAGUUCCCUGCUGUAGAAACCCGCAACAACAAUCAACAGCUUGCACAGCUACAGAAAGAAAAAUCAGAGAUUCUGAAAAAUCUGGCAUUAUAUUACUUCACAUUUGUAGAUGUUAUGGAAUUCAAGGACCAUGUUUGUGAAUUGCUCAAUACUAUUGAUGUUUGCCAGGUCUUCUUUGAUAUUACUGUAAACUUUGAUUUAACGAAGAACUACUUAGACUUGAUCAUAACCUAUACAACACUAAUGAUACUGCUCUCUCGAAUUGAAGAAAGAAAGGCAAUCAUUGGAUUAUAUAACUAUGCUCAUGAAAUGACCCACGGAGCAAGUGACCGAGAAUAUCCACGCCUUGGUCAGAUGAUUGUGGAUUACGAAAACCCUUUGAAGAAGAUGAUGGAAGAAUUUGUACCCCAUAGUAAGUCUCUUUCAGAUGCACUAAUUUCUCUUCAGAUGGUGUAUCCUCGAAGGAAUCUUUCAGCUGACCAGUGGAGAAAUGCCCAAUUAUUGAGUCUCAUCAGUGCACCUAGUACAAUGCUUAACCCUGCGCAGUCUGACACUAUGCCUUGUGAAUAUCUUUCUUUGGAUGCAAUGGAAAAAUGGAUUAUCUUUGGCUUUAUUUUGUGCCAUGGGAUCCUCAAUACUGAUGCAACAGCAUUGAACCUUUGGAAACUAGCUCUUCAAAGUAGCUCUUGCCUCUCUCUCUUUCGGGAUGAAGUUUUCCACAUUCACAAAGCUGCAGAAGACUUAUUUGUAAACAUACGAGGCUAUAAUAAACGUAUUAAUGACAUAAGAGAAUGCAAGGAGGCAGCUGUGUCACACGCUGGUUCAAUGCACAGAGAAAGACGCAAGUUUUUAAGGUCUGCACUGAAAGAAUUGGCUACAGUCCUCUCUGAUCAACCUGGCUUGCUGGGUCCCAAGGCACUUUUUGUUUUUAUGGCAUUAUCCUUUGCCCGUGAUGAAAUUAUCUGGCUACUUCGUCAUGCAGAUAACAUGCCAAAGAAGAGUGCAGAUGACUUUAUAGAUAAGCACAUUGCUGAAUUAAUAUUUUACAUGGAAGAGCUUAGAGCACACGUAAGGAAAUAUGGACCUGUAAUGCAGAGGUACUAUGUGCAGUACCUUUCUGGUUUUGAUGCUGUUGUCCUCAAUGAACUUGUGCAGAAUCUUUCUGUUUGCCCUGAAGAUGAAUCCAUCAUCAUGUCCUCCUUUGUUAACACCAUGACUUCCCUCAGUGUAAAGCAAGUUGAAGAUGGGGAAGUGUUUGAUUUCAGAGGAAUGAGAUUAGAUUGGUUUAGAUUACAGGCAUAUACUAGUGUUUCUAAGGCUUCGCUUAGCCUUGCAGAUCACAGAGAACUUGGAAAGAUGAUGAAUACGAUAAUUUUUCAUACAAAAAUGGUGGAUUCCUUGGUGGAAAUGUUGGUGGAAACAUCAGAUCUCUCCAUAUUUUGUUUUUAUAGUCGUGCUUUUGAGAAGAUGUUUCAACAGUGUUUGGAGUUACCCUCUCAGUCAAGAUACUCAAUUGCGUUUCCACUACUUUGCACUCAUUUUAUGAGUUGCACACAUGAACUGUGUCCAGAAGAGCGACAUCAUAUUGGCGAUCGCAGUCUUUCCUUAUGUAAUAUGUUCCUGGAUGAAAUGGCCAAACAAGCUAGAAAUCUUAUAACUGAUAUUUGCACAGAACAAUGCACACUUAGUGACCAGUUGCUGCCCAAGCAUUGUGCCAAAACCAUUAGUCAAGCAGUGAAUAAGAAGUCAAAAAAACAAACUGGUAAGAAAGGAGAACCUGAAAGGGAAAAGCCAGGAGUUGAGAGCAUGAGGAAAAACAGGCUGGUAGUGACCAACCUUGAUAAAUUGCAUACGGCACUUUCUGAGCUGUGCUUCUCUAUAAAUUAUGUACCAAACAUGGUGGUUUGGGAACAUACCUUUACUCCACGAGAAUAUUUGACUUCUCAUCUGGAAAUCCGCUUUACUAAGUCAAUUGUUGGAAUGACUAUGUAUAAUCAAGCCACACAAGAAAUUGCAAAACCGUCAGAACUUCUAACAAGUGUAAGAGCAUACAUGACUGUGCUUCAGUCAAUAGAAAACUAUGUGCAAAUUGAUAUUACAAGAGUAUUUAAUAAUGUUCUUCUUCAACAAACACAACAUUUAGACAGUCAUGGAGAGCCAACCAUUACAAGUCUAUACACAAACUGGUAUUUGGAAACUUUGUUAAGACAAGUCAGCAAUGGUCAUAUAGCUUAUUUCCCUGCAAUGAAAGCAUUUGUGAACUUACCUACAGAAAAUGAAUUAACAUUCAAUGCAGAGGAAUAUUCUGACAUAUCAGAAAUGAGGUCCUUAUCAGAACUGCUAGGCCCAUAUGGAAUGAAGUUCCUAAGUGAAAGCCUUAUGUGGCAUAUUUCAUCACAAGUUGCUGAACUUAAGAAACUUGUGGUGGAGAAUGUUGAUGUGCUAACACAAAUGAGGACCAGCUUUGACAAACCAGACCAGAUGGCUGCACUCUUUAAAAGAUUAUCAUCUGUUGACAGUGUCUUGAAGAGGAUGACAAUUAUUGGUGUAAUUUUAUCCUUCCGCUCAUUGGCACAAGAAGCACUUAGAGAUGUCUUGUCCUACCACAUUCCUUUUCUUGUAAGUUCGAUUGAAGAUUUCAAGGAUCACAUUCCAAGGGAAACUGAUAUGAAGGUUGCAAUGAAUGUGUAUGAGUUAUCAUCAGCUGCUGGAUUACCUUGCGAGAUUGACCCUGCCCUGGUCGUAGCUCUCUCUUCACAAAAGUCAGAAAACAUAAGUCCAGAAGAAGAAUAUAAAAUUGCCUGCCUCCUCAUGGUAUUUGUGGCUGUUUCUUUGCCAACGCUAGCCAGUAAUGUGAUGUCUCAGUAUAGCCCUGCUAUAGAAGGGCAUUGCAACAACAUACAUUGCUUGGCCAAAGCCAUCAACCAGAUCGCUGCAGCUUUGUUUACAAUUCACAAAGGAAGCAUUGAAGACCGUCUUAAGGAAUUUCUGGCGCUUGCAUCCUCCAGUCUACUGAAAAUUGGCCAGGAGACAGAUAAAACAACAACAAGAAAUAGAGAAUCUGUUUAUUUACUGCUAGAUAUGAUUGUGCAGGAAUCCCCAUUUCUAACAAUGGAUCUUUUGGAAUCUUGUUUUCCUUAUGUCUUGCUGAGAAAUGCAUACCAUGCUGUCUACAAGCAAAGUGUUACAUCUUCUGCAUAAAAUAUCUACUUACUGAAGAAAAGCACGCAUUUUUGUUGCCUCGGUUUUACCUGUAAACUGUGGAGCUAUUUUACCUUAAGGCCUGAAAAACAGUUUUGUGGAUUACAAAUUUCUUUCAUAUGGCUGUAUUUUCUGAUCAUUGGUUUCUUAAUAUCGUACUACAGUAUACUUGGUUGAUUUAGGUUGCACAUUCACUGAAUUCACAAAAAUUAUUCCUAUAAUUUUUAGAGUAUUUGUUUGAAAAAUAUACAUUAUCUAUGUUUUUGAUAUUUGAUAAUGAGAAAAACCUUCGCUUGUUUAUUUCUGAAAACAGAACUGUAUUUAGUGAUUAUUUUAGAUAGUGACAUAGCAUUCAUCUGUGUGUAAAUUAUUUCAUAUAGGAAAGAGUUCUGAUCUGUACCUAUGGUUCUUAUUGAAAACAAAACUGGAUGCGCAUUUCUGUGAUGUUAUGAAUACAUUCCUACUUUAUUUUGGAACAUUUGCCAAAUGAAAUACUGUAACACUGUAUAACAUUAAAAAUGUUAAAGGACUGCUUAACAUUAGAAGCAGACUAUGUCCCGAAAUUCUGAAGCAACAACAUAUGUUGUUGCUUGUAUAAAGCCUAGUGAUAAUUAAUUUUUAGACUAACUUCCAUGGUGCCCUAUUGGCAUUAGCACUACCAUUGUACCCUGCUGUAUAAUAAACAAUCUUAGACAUUUAUCAACUGUUGAUACAAAUGUUAGUCCCUAACCACUUUUUAUAUGUUUUCAAUUUUUGAAAUUCAAGUGUACCUGCCAUAACAUAAAAUAAACACUAGACUGUAUCACAUUUUGAAUCAUUUCUUUAAUUUGGGAUCCUCAGAGAUUUAAUUUAAUAUGAAAGUUUCAAAGGGGGAAAAAUGUGGACAACUGUAAUAGCAUAAACAAUAAAAAUAAUAAUAUGACAGUUUUAGAUUAAAAUAGGCUUUAGUUUAGAAAUAUCUUAGAGGAAGCAUUCGAUACUUCCUCUACUAUUACAAGGUUUGUUUAAAUAUUUUGAAAGACAUUUCACUGGAAAAAUAUUAAAAUUUGAAAAUAAAAUUACACAUUUAAAAAAAUUAAGAACUCAAAGGAAACUUGUGUGACAUCAGCUUGCUAGUUGUAUCUGUGACCAGAUGGACAGAGUUACUUGAAAGAAUGGGGGAAAAAAAGGAAUGAUCAUGGAAGUAGUGAAAACGUUGCUGAGAUUUUCUUCAGUAAUGAAUUGGAAGGAUGUGAAGGGACCUCCGGUGGUUGACAUGGAGGACAGAUCAGCUCACUUUGUUUAAAAACUAACCAAGUGUGUGCUCUUUGGCAUUGUAAAGACUUUCUCAACAGCUUUGUAUCUGGUAUAUUGGAGCUCCUUUUGUUUACAGCUUCUUACGUAUACACUGGUAGCUUGUGUUAAGAUAAAGCUACUGUGAACUCAGUAAUAAUCUUUUUCUUUGUUCAGAUACAGAGAGUAAAAUGAAAUUGAGAUGCUACAAGAUUAUAAUGCAUUUAUUUUGUAUGUGACUUAUCCAGUCUAUAUUUAAAGCAGGGAAUAGUUUAAAAUUUCUCAAUGGUUCUGUGAGGAUUUUUCAAAAGGGAAGGAAUUUUUAAAUGGAAUAGUUUUAGACUUCAUAUCACCUAAUUUCACAGUGAACAGUUGUAACGAAAAUGCUGUUAGUUUUGAAAUAUUAGGAUCCUACAAUGGUAAUUUGUCAAUAAUGAUAUCCUGACAGGUAAAUUAGGUAUUUGAGUAUGUGCACUUUAAGUGGGGUAAUAUGUGGAAAGUUAUAAGGAUGUACAUAAAAUAUUAUUUACUGCUGUUCAAGCCAAGAAAAGAUCCCUCUUUCAUAGUCACAUGAAGUGGUCUAGUCCCAAUUUUUUUUCUCGAACACCCUGACUGACUGACUGUUGUAUUAUUUAUUCUUUACAGAGUCAUUCUAAACUCCCCGCUCCCACAAAAGGCAACAGUAACUUGGAAAAUUAAAUUGACAAUACUAUAUUUAAUAUCUUGUUUUAACUUUUCUUAUUCUAAACUUACACUAGAACAUACUGUUUUUGUUGUUUUUCUCUACCAUAAUAUGAUCACAGUUUGUAGUUUGACUGUAAUCUGUUUCACUCAGUAGUAAAAAAAAGGUCUUUGAUGUUUUUUUAAUGCCUCCAUGUAAACCAUAGCUAAUUUAAGAAUUUCAUUUGGAUGAACAUAAAGGCCAUUUCUUGUUUUUCAUUAUUACAAGUAUCUUGUAUCUAUAUCUUGAUGAAUGUGACCUAUUAGCAUAAUUUCUCAAAAGUUAAGAUUGCUAAAUGGAAGGGUGUGCACACUUUAAAUUUUGAUACAUAUUAUUAGAGUUCUCUCCAAUAAUAUUAUAUAUUUUAUCAAUCUUACCUCUGCAGUUGCGUGUAUUAGUUCCUCCACUGUUGCCAGUGCAUCUUUGUCUCUUCAAAAACUAAAACAUAAAUCUUGUUUUAAUUUGCAUAUCUCUGCUUAUUAGUGAG